AUGGAGGCUCCCCCCGAAGAGCCGCGAUUCCCUCCAGAGCUGGAACGCGAAAUACUGGAGUUUGCGGCGCGUAUAUGUCCCGAAUCCAUCCCCAACUUAUUGUGUGUUGCCCGUCGGGUACUUCUUUGGAUCGAGCCUCUCGUAUACCACACCCUUGAAAUCGACUCCUCAAAACGUUUCAAAGCAUUUCUGGCGGCAACCAAAUCGAGACCACCCGACUUUUUUGCGCGCCACGUCCACCGUCUGAUCAUCCACAUUUCCUAUGACCGGGACUCCCCGCUCGACGACGCGUGGGCCGCACUGGCGCUGUGCACUGGUGUGACCCGAGUUGCAGGCGUUGGCGCGAUUGUGAAUCCGCCCCUGGCGUGGGUGCUGGCGGGGAUGCGCCUGGAACGGGUCGCGCUGUACCUGUCGCAUGUCUUUCCGGGGUCGGUGGAGCUCGAUUCCCAGUGCUUUCAGACGCUGACGCAUCUCGACUUGUUCGAUGACCUGUGGAACAACGAGGUCGCGAUGGAAUACGCAGCAAAGCUUGCGAGACUGCCGGCCCUCACGCAUCUGGCGCUCAACGGCACGGUCGACUGGGAUGUAACGGAGAAUCUUCUGCAGAAUUGCGAAAGCUUGCGGAUCCUUGUGGUAUUGUGGUCGCUGUCCGCGUCGGAAGGCCAGACACGCGCAAAGGAGGUGCCCUUCCGCGACGACCGCUUCCUUAUGUCCAAAUACACGAAUAUGACCGCGGGCGUGCAGGAUCCGCCGAGUCUGUGGUCUCAGGCGGAGGAGUUCAUCCGGAGGAAACGCGAAAAGCGGCUGGACGCGGCGUUGUUUUGGAUGGGAGGAGUGACUUUGGACUGA